AUGCAACAGCUCUCUGCCGCUGCCGUCGCCGCGGCGCUGCUGCUGUUCGUCGUGGCCGCCCACACCUCUACUGAUGUCACCAGCAGCAGGCGAGAGCCCCGCGCAGCCGCUGAGCCAGGAAAUAAGUACCUACCUCCAGGAGCUGGAACCUCUGGCGCCGGUGCGAGGGAGUACCUGCCCCCAGAAUCCCCACCCAAAGAAGCUGCUGGCACCGGCACCAAGGCUGAGGCUGAGGAAGGUGAGACCACUACAGCCACCAAUGGAGAGGCUUCCACCUCUGCCGCCCCCGAAGCCGCAGGUAAUGGGGCCGGAGAAGCUGACAAAAGUAGUACCACUCCAGCGCCAAAGUACUUGCCACCUGGGCCCAAGUACCUUCCUCCAGCUAAUGAAACAGAAAAGAGUGAGACUACUGAAGGAGGUGCCCCAGCUGAAGGUGGGGCCGAGGACACUUCCGAAGCGGCUACAGAGAAGCCCACUGGUACCGAAGAGAAGACCGAAGGUGACAAACCCACUGGUACUGAAGAGAAGACUGAAACUGAAAAGACUUCGGAAGCUGCAGAAGGAGCAGGAGAAGAGCCCGGUAAGACGACUACACCUGCACCCAAGUAUCUCCCACCAGGGCCCAAGUACCUGCCACCGGGAAACAAGUAUCUCCCUCCAGAAAAUACGACAGAGGCUGCUAAAGAAGGAGCCAGUUCCACUGAAGGGCCAGAAAUGGACGAAGAAGCUUCAGCAGGGACGACUGAAGCCAAAGAAGAGAGUGCAUCUGAAGAGACAGCAACAGAGAAGGCUUCUGGUGGGGAGGGUGAGAAAAAUGCCACACAGAGUCCAGGUCCUAAGUACCUACCUCCAUCUGGCACUUACCUGCCACCUGAUGGCAAGAAGCCUGCAGGACAGGCAGCUGGAAAUGGGAACAACUUGGGAGGUGAGGGCAACAAUGGGAAGGCACCAGAUGCAGGUGAUGCUGUAGGAAGUGGAGGUUCAGGACCAGCAAAGCGUCCUGCCGUUACCUAUCUGCCACCGUACAAGGGACCUCCAGGGACAUACUUGCCCCCAUCCAAUGAGACAGCGUCCAAAAAUACCACUGAAGAGGGGGGCGAGACUGCAUCUACAACAGAGGCCAUUAGUGAAGAAGCUACAACAUUGGCAGAGAAGGAGGAAGGCUCUACAGAGGCCUCCAAUGGUGGAACUACUUCUGGUGGCCAAGGAGGAAGCUACCAACUGCAGCCGCCAGCGUCAUACCUGCCACCUGCCACAGAUGCAGGGGCUUCCAGGAAGUACGUACCACCAAGUGGGACAGGGGCCGGUUCCAGAUAUCGAGGUAACAAGUAUCUUCCUCCAGGAGGCCCAGCUAGCGCCUCCAGGAAGUAUCUUCCUCCAGGAGGGUCUCGAGGUGGGGACCGAAUGGCUGCUGCCGAGUCCAGAAACAUGCUUAUUGCAGUUGACCCUAGUGACAGGGCCACAAGAGCCAGGGAACGGCUACUGAAGAGGGCUCGAGUUGCUUCACAUUCCAAGACCACUAAGACAGAGAGCAGUGAUGUGGACAGCGCAGAAGAUGCACCAGAAAAUGAGGAACAGACCCCACCUUCUCAGAUCACGACCACGGUGCAGCCUCCCCACAGUGAGAGUACUCCAGCAGACAACAGUCGUGAAGCCACGAGAACACAGUUAAGCGAUCAGUCGACGACGAAACACCCUCCCCAUAGGUACAGAGCCAAUAUAGGUGUUGGCAAGUCUGUGAGGGAGCCACGAAAGCCAGUCACCAGUCACGAGACAGCCAGAGUCCACAUAACAUUCUCGAGGAAACCGGCGAAGCCCAAACCUCCACAGAAACCUCCAGUACUGGAGGUCUUUUCUUUAUUGGAGUCUGCUGAUGACACUGAAGAUGAGGAAGAGGUCUCCAGGGAGAUCUUGCGGCCAGACCCGUCACGGGAGGAUGCAGUGUUCGCUGUGAGUAGUCUACCUGCCCCCAUCAGUGAUAUCGACGAUGCCGCUCCACGGAGGCGAUCCGAGACGUUGAGGCGCAGGAUUUCUCCACAGCGUACACCCGAAGUUAUUUACGAUUAUGACGAGGACUACGUGUGGGAACAAUUGGAAGUCGAUGAGGAAGAAAGGGAGGCGCAGCUCUCAUCUGCAGACAACUACUUCGAGUCCCAGAGGAGCUCCCCGAAGCAGAAAGGGUCUGCGAGGCCACGUCCAGAACUGACACAGGUCUAUCGGAAGGACUUAGCAUCGCCACCCAAAGCACCAGAAGAGGCUAGUCCAGUGUUUGGCGUUGCUGGUGCAAUCGUCGACACCGCUGGAUUCAUCAGCAGAACAGCACAUCCUUCCUUUGCUGAUCGCACCGACCAGCCACCAACCGAGCACCAACCAAAGUCACCAGAGGCUCGACUUGCGUUCGGCAUUGCUAAUGCACCACUCGAAACUGCCGAAUUUGUCAGCAUAACACCACGCCCGCCUGCUGCUGUUCACCAUGCAAGCAGACAGCAGUCAUACACAGAAGAGGCUCAUUCUGCACAUAGCAUUUCUAAUACCAACCGCGACACCACACGAGUUGUCAGUAGCACGCCACGUCCUCCUGCUUCCCCUCACAGUGCCAACAGGCCACCAACCAAGUAUCGGCCGAAAACGGACGAGGCUCGCCCUAGAUACAGUGUGAAUGAUGCAGGCCUGGACCCUCCUGUAUUUGUCAGCAAUCCACCACAGGAUUCCAUUACUCCUCAUCAUGGCAGUAGGCCACUGAGCAAAUAUCAACUGAGGCCGCAACAGACUCGUUUCGCAUACAGCGUUAGUGACACACGUUUCAAAAGUUCUGAAACAAUCAACAGUACACCUCCUCCUCCUACUGCAAUUCGCAGUACUAGCGGACCCCCAACCAAAUAUCAACCAAAGACAGCAGAGGUCCGUCCCACAAAAAGACGCUUUGAUGCACUCUUCGAACCUCCUGGAUUCGUCAAUAGCGGACCACACCAUCCCAGUGGUGCUCAGGGUAUCAACAAUCCACCAAUAAAGUAUCAGCCAAAAGCAGAAGAGAUUAAGCGCACAUACAGUGGAACAGAUGCAACUUUCAGUCCUCCUGCAUUCACGGGUAAUGGUCAACACCGUAACAUUGUUGUUCAGGAUAUCAACAGACCAGCAGCCAAGUAUCAACUAAACGCAGAAGAAGCUCAUCUCACAAAGAGUGAAGUUGCUGAACACCUGGAACCUCCUGGAUUCAUUAACAAUAAACCACACCAGCUCACUGGUACUCAGGGUGCAAACAGACAACCUGCCCAGUAUCAACCAAAGGCAGAAGAUUCUCUCCCCACUUACAACGUGGCUGACGCACGCCUUGACUCUUCCAGAAUUAUCAGCUCUACCCGGCACCCUCCUAUCGUUACUCAUCAAACGAGUAAACCACUGAGCAAGUAUCAACCAAAGACAGUCCCAAAGACACAGCCGAGAUUUCACUACCACACUCGGCAGUACAGGGCCCAGAGAUCUGCCACUGCAAAUCCUGCCCCUCCUGGGUCAGCAGAGAGCCACGCAACAGUUUCGAGAGUUCGCCGUUCUGAGCGCGACCACGAGCACGAUAUCCAGCCGAGGGAAACAGUGACGACUGGAAACAGCCUCAGCCUCGUCCAGCUUCUCCACAGCUUCUUCACAGCCAACCUACGACGGAGCACAGAGGCGCCCACUCACAGGGAGCCAGAUUCUCUGGCAUCAGCUACGAGUCGAUCAACAGGAGACGCAGUUGAAAUACAGUCGUCCACUGUUCGAUACCAGGGCUCACCAAGCACUUAUCACCUCACUCCCAGCAGUCAACAGCCGUCAAGCAGCCCUUAUCAGGUAUCACUGAAUGCUCAACAUCUGUCAACCAGUUCUCACGAGUUUUAUCACGGCAGCUCAGUAACACCGAAUUUGCUACUGGACACUGCAACAGUAACGGUACCCCUUGACGGGUUGCACUCGACUGUACAAUCGUCUUCACCAUUGGGCCGUGACACUAAGGCAGCUGCCAGGUUGACGCCACAUACACAGGAGGCAGUUCACGAAGACAGUUAUUCGACUGACUCCCUUCAAAUGGAAGAACAGCUCGGCGAAAACGAAAACAACCCCAUUCCACACAGCACUGACGGGUCGAAGACUACACUACUUCCUCAAAGUGUAAGGAAUAAAUCGGGUACUCAUCCACUCUCUAGUCUGAUAAAAUCGUCUCGGCGCGAGAAUGGCUGUGAUGCUUCUCUAAUCGCUUCCACAUCAAAUGGUUCCAUAGUAGAACAAAAGAAACUACCUCGCGACUGCCGGUUUGCUCCACGUUUCCCCCAACGCUCAAUAGCUGCAAGGCUCAGGACAAGAAUCAUAGAUAAUGUGAAGAGGAAUGAGACGCUCGUGAAAACUGGUGGAUCCAGUUCUGCAGCAGGAGAAACGGAAGCCAAUUUAGAAGGAGCUAAGAACAGAAGUAGUUUGGCCCAGAAUCAUUUCGGUACUAAACAGUCUGGCAGCCCCUAUCCCAUACAAGAUACCAAUGAUAAGGAAACCGACUCCACGACCGAAAGUGCAGCUUCCAAAGCACGUCCCAAAUUGAACACACGACUCAGUGCAUUGUUAGUGCAGCGUUCUGCAAGCCAGAGCAUUGGAGAGAGUACGAGUGCAGAACCCAGAAGCACGCCCCGAGUGGAGCGAAACAGAAAGUUUGCUACAAACAGUACAAGUGAGGAAAGUAGGAGUCCACAGCUACAAGCCUCUGCAAGCCAGCAGCACACUACAAAUUCCAGUGUUACUAGAGAUGGCACUAGGAAGAAAUUACCAGGCAACCGACGAAGGACGCCAGCUCUCCAAAGGAGGCACGGAACAUCUGAUCAACUAGCUUUCGGAGUAGAAGCUAAAGCAGAAGUCACAUCCCAGUCCAAAUUCAACAGGGCAUCAGGUGUGGACUCUGAGGAUGGCUUACUAACUGGAGAAUCACAGCCGCCUGUGACGUCUGGGGACAGACCCCGCUGGCUAUUUGUAGCAUCGAGCAGGAAACGAGGAAACACUCGCAAAGACAUUAAAAAGUCCAACACGGCUGUCGAUCAUUCUACAAAGGAGGUGACAGUGAAGAGUACUAGCGUACCUGAAAAUGCUGCACUCUCUGAAGCUGUUUCAGUCGAUGGCGACACUACUCAUGAUGCGGAUGCUGAUAAAACGAAGGCAAAAGUGGAGCAUGUCGAAGUGUCCGGCCGACGUAAAUAUAGCUCCAUCGCCUCAAAGCUACAAGCCAGACGUCAAGGCAGCAAUAGUGAUCCAAGGUCACUCUACUUAGACGAGCAGGGGCGCUCAGACGUUCGUUCGAAGAAUUCCAAAUUUUCUGAAAAGGUGGAACACACAAGACGUAACGAAGAAAGGGUAAGCUCUGACUCUUACUAUAUGACGCAGCAGGAAGCUGGUGUGCCAGGAGAUGAGAAACCGGUAUUAAACACUAACCUCUACAACAAGAAAACUGGUCAGAGCUCUCACGUGAGGAUCAGUUUCCGCAACAACGCUGCAACCACACCAAGAGCCCCUGAGAGAGGAAUUGUAGUUUCACGUCCAAAGCUUGAGAGUGCACCACGUGACAUAGGUGACUAUUCAUCAGAAGAGUCGGCUGUCACUGACACUCCUUACCGUACUGGCAUUCUUGGGGAAGGACUUCCCACAUUAAGUAGCAAUACUGGCUUUACGGAUAACAAUGAAGACCGUGAGGUCAGGGAUUUCCUGGACAAGUAUCUCCCACUGAUACUGGCUCAAGAGGGGCCAGAAGAAAAAGAAGGACACGUCACAACAAGGGGCCCAGAAAAAGGAAGAGAAGACUCACGGGUAUCUAAGUUGGGUCUUAGCAGAUCAAACAGGAAGCACCCAACUCGUGGUCAUGUCUGGUCUGACACUAUACCUGAGGCUACAUACGAGAUAGUAUCAUCAACCGUUGUUCCUGCCGUAACAGUAUUUUCACCAGGUAGAGAAGGAGAUCGCAGGCCUAGGGGAUUCGAGAGGAACGAUUUCGUAACACAGCUUCCAGCUACAAGGGAUGGCAAGGAGCCAUUCGUACUGAACAUUACAGAAGAACCAGAGACAGAUUUAGAGGUGGAAAGUGAUUGUGAGGGCCGCAGUAGGUUCGGGAGAAGAGGCAACUGCCAUACCAGUGAGGAGGCAGAACGGGGGAAUGAUGGUAAAGGUGGUUUCACCAGGCCAUCCUCACAUGUCAGUAGGCGCUUCCUCCACAAGAAGAUUGCAGCACACGCGAAAUCUGCUACCCAGUCCAGCAAGAAUGACACUGCCGGGAGAAAUCCACUGGAGGCACUGCUGACGAGGUUCCGGACAGGCCCAAGGCAACAGUCGCCUUCCGGAGUGAGUGGUGGUGGUGCCCAAGAGACCAGCUCCCCUGUAGGAUCCGGACAGAAAGUGACUGACCCUUCUGCAGAGACAGUGACAGAGGCGCCGUUAGACGUCUCUACAAGCAAGGCAUCGAUACCAGAAUACUACCUGCCAGUGGAAUCUACAGCGAGCCCCUCAGAGAACAUUGCCCAGCUCAUCCCGCUGUUCUCGCAGUCACUCUCUGCACCUGCAGUCAGCUCCGGGUUCAACCUCUCUCCUGAAGAGGCCGUCCAGUUUCGUGAUUUCCUACAACUGCUUCCACAGUCAUUGCAAUCUGCACUGCUGUCCCCUGACUCUACAGACAAUUCUGCAAGUAGCUAUUACCCCUCAGGGAAUACUCCUGAUUCACAGGGUUCGUACUCACUAUCUGGCCAGAGUAGCUACCAACCAGAACACACCUCUAAAGUCAAAUUGAAUCCCCCAACAAAUGCUUUCCAGCUUUUUCAGUUCCAGGGUCCAGAACCGUCUUUUCCUGAAGACUCAAAUUUACCGCAGAUCACUUCUGCAUCUGCAGUGAAUCGAGCAGCAAAUUUCCGUGCAUCAGAAAUAUUAGUACCUCCUCCUCGGGACCCAGUCGAGACCUCUUUGCUGCCAGUUACAUUCGUUCCAGAAGCAACGACACACAGAUCAGAAGAAACGAGUGGACAGUUUUCUCAGAUACAGCAAACGUCUCACAAGAGUCGAACUGGUCAGGCAAAUGGUAAUGUCCCCAGAACAGACUUCAGUACAAAAUUUGGCACAGAGUACACUGCCAACAUCGAGGGUGGUAGGAUAAGGUUUGGGUUAUUCUUCCCGUCAACUGUAGCUGGACCGGUGAUAUAA